UUAGUAAACUUUGGUUUUCAGAAAUACAAAAAAAAAAAAAGUUGCCCGGAAUGUCGACUUUUGCUGGGCCUAUUGAAGAAAUACCGGGAAUAUCAGUGGAUUGUUUUACAAAUGAAAAUCUUGAGUCUUCCGUUUAUUUUCUAAGUCACGUUCAUUCCGAUCACAUGAAAGGAUUAGAUAAUUAUUUUAUUAAUAAUUUAUCACGAUAUAAUAAAUUUUUAUAUUGUAGUGAAAUAACAAAAAUUAUUUUAACAUCAAGAUUUAAUUUAAUUGAACCGACGAAUAUUAAAAGUUUAAGUCUAUCGAAUCCAGUGAUAAUUGAUUAUAAAAGAAAACAUUGUAAUAAUUAUGUUACAGUAACAUUAAUUCCCGCUGGACAUUGUCCUGGAUCUGUUAUGUUUCUAUUUGAAUAUAAUAAUAAGAAAUUUUUAUACACUGGUGAUUUUCGUAUUAAUUCAAAUGAUUUGUCAAAAAUAAAACCAUUACACGAUUGUGAUGGUAAAAAAUUGUAUCCAUUGAAAUUUGAUAAAAUUUAUUUGGAUACAACAUUUUUAAAUUUAAAUUAUUCAAAUAUCCCAACAAGAAAAGAAAGUGUUGAGGAAAUAAAGAAGGCUACUGUAAAUUGGUUGGCAAAUAAUUUUAAAAAUGUUGUUCUUUUAAAAUUAACUUAUACUUAUGGUCUUGAAUAUGUUUUUCGUGAAAUAUCUAUUGCAUUAAAGAGGAAAAUUCAUGUUUUAGAUAUGGUUUAUAAUGUUUAUAGGCAAAUAUCAGAAAUUUCACCUUAUAUAACAAAUGAUGCUGAUAGUACACCUUUACAUGCAUGCUUAUCAAUGGGAAAUUAUAGGCGAAAUAAAAAAUGUCUUCCAUGUCGUUUAGACGUUGAUGAAAGUAAUAUUUUAUCAAUUCAUAUAUCUGUUCUUAAAUGGGGUGGUAAAUUAGAGACAAAUAAAAUAGCAGAAUGGGAUGAAUUUGAUAAAAGACAAUUAUCAGUAUGUUAUUCGUCACAUGCAUCGUGCAAUGAAUUAAAAUCAUUUUUGCAAUAUUUUCCAGCAAAGGAAAUUUUCCCUUGUGUUCUUCCUAAAAAUUCAGAGGAACAUGAUCAAUUGUACGAUUUAUUGAUUGAAUUUACAAAAAGAAAAGGGCAAGAGAUAGUAAAAAUUGUUAAUCAUGAGUUAAAUUUUACAAAACCUAGUUCUUCUACAAGUACUUUUAAAUCAGAAAUUUUUAGCGAUAGUGAAUGACCAUUUUUUUUUUUUUUUUAAUACAAUGACAAAGUAAUUUUAUUGUAAUUUAACAAAAUUAGUUUUAUUAAUUUGACAAUGAUGUAUUUCAUAUUUUUAUAUUUAGUGAAUAAUUAAAUAAAUUUUUUU